GCGUGUAGCAUACCGCAAGUUGCAUGUGUUUGUUGUUUAUCUCUGAAUUUAAAGAGAAUGAAAAAAUAAAUAAUUAUAUAAAAUAGAAAUACGUGAAAAUAAUAAAUAUAACAAAAUGUCAUUAACUAAAUUAUUUUCUAAAUUGAGUCUAUCAAUGACAAUAAACAAAUCAUUUCCUCAAGUUAUACAAACAGCAGGUCUUCGUGCUUAUGAAGAACCACCAGUCUAUGGUGAAAUUGAAUAUCCAGAAAGGAGAAGACUUAGAAUUUAUGAAAAAGUACCUCAAUAUCCACCCACAAUGAGACCAUUUAAAAUGCAAAAAAGAUUACGAUACAUGCGAGGUCCAGAGCCAGUUCACAAUUUUUUGUUACAUAAACAAUAUGGAGUAAUUGCUCUAAUUGGUGGUCGAUUGAAAUUCGGUCAUUUUGAAAUGAUGCGUUUUGUUAUGCAUAGAAAAAUCCCUAAAAGCUGUUUUGCAAUUUAUCGAGUAGACCCACCAUGGCAACCAGUUACAAAAAAGAAUCCAGGAACAAGAAUGGGUGGUGGAAAAGGUGCAAUUCAUCAUUAUGUUACACCUGUGAAGGCAGGACGUGUCAUUAUGGAGGUUUCAGGACCCGUUGAAUUUGACGAAGUGAAGAAACAACUUGAAGAAAUAGCACACAAAUUGCCAUUUAAAGCAAUGGCCGUUAGUCAAGAAAUAAUGGAAAUGAGAGAAAAGGAGGAAAAGCGAUUAGAAGAAGAAAAUUUAAAUCCAUAUACAUUGAAAUAUGUUAUACAAAAUAAUUUAGGUGGUGCUAAUAAUUGGAUAUCACCUGUUGAUAGACUUUGGUUUGGCAAACAUCGAUAAAAUUUCAAUUACUUUAAAUAAAUUACAUGCAGUUUUACGGUAAA